CAAAAUGAAAGCAGAGACUGGUAAAGCUGUUCAACGGCAAUUUGAUGAGGAGGAAUCUUUGGAAAAAGAGGAUUUCAGCAAAGGAAAGAAAGCAAUUUCUCAAGACCUUGAAUCUCCUAAAAGGAAAGACACCAAUGCUGCUAAGGUUCUCUCAAUAAAUAUGUUUUUGAGACCAGUUGUUAAGACCAAUGACAGUGAUUACAAGUAUGAGAGACUUCAAGAGUUGUUAGGAGUCAUUCAUAAUUUUGAUAUUAUGUGCUUCCAAGAAGUAUUCAGCGGUUUUAAUAGUCACAAACCUAUUCUUCUCACAAUCAGCAAAAAGUUUGGAUUUGAUCAUUACUUUCACAGCAGCAAGCCUGGGUAUUUUGAAAAGUAUUUAACAGAUGGCGGUCUCGUCAAUCUUAGUAAAUACCCAAUCAUCGAGAGUCAUGAAGAGACGUUUGUAAAAUCAAUAGGAGACUGCUCUAUUGCGAAGAAAGGGAUCUUAUUUACGAAAAUAGAAAUGAAUGGAAAUUAUCUCUACCUUUUUAACACUCAUUUACAAGCAAAUUACUACACUUCAUUCGCUCUAUACAAAAAGUGAAUUGACACCAAAAUGUAUCAACUUAAGCAAUUGUCUGAAUAUAUUGAAGAGAAGACUAAGAACAUGAGAGCGCAGGAUAAGAUCUUGCUUGUGGGAGACUUCAAUAUUUCAAACAGAAGGUUCAACUCUUAUCUGAAAAAGCAAUUUGAAAGCUAUGCAAAGAAUGAUCCUGGGUUUAACAUUUUCUUUGAAGAAGGAUUUGACUGUCUUUAUGAAGCAGAAAUUAUGAUGAAGAUUUUAUCCUUAGACGGCCUUUUUAAUGUUACUGACCUUAAGAGUACUCUCGGUGACGAGGAAGGUGCUCCAGCAACAUUUGCAGGAACUCUCACACUUGAUGAUGGGAGUAAAGCUCCAGUGGAUACUGCUCUGAUGGGUAAAAUAGAUGUCAUGACUGAGCAAUCUCUAGAUUAUAUCUUUGCUCUUGACCGAAAUGAUAUGAAGAAGGAUGCUUCUGAAGAUUUUAAAGCAGUAGAUAAUCACCUCCAAAGCGACAUCAGAAACAAUGAGCAUGCUCAUGAUUUAGACAGCCAGCGGCUUUUAACAAAAGAGAAAGGAUUUUAUAUUCGGGAGAACACUAUAGCUGUUGAGAAAUUUAUUUUAGAGGGGAAGAAGUAUGGCACUAUCAGUGAUCAUUUUGGAUUAUCAGUGGAGAUUAACAAUUCUUAAGUCUCAGCUAUAUUGAAAUUGUAAAUGAUAAAUACUCUCAGAGUUUGAAUGAGGUUUAACCCUUGCAUUAUCCAAGCAUUAACUU